UCCGCAGCGGCGGCCGGAGCUGCAGCCGCCGCCCGCCCGCCGCAGCGCCGGCGCUGCCGCCGUGCCCGCCAGGGAAGAUGGCGCCGUCCCACGUCCUCAAGUGUUGCCAGAAGGUGCUGGCCUGGGUGCCCGUGGCCUUCAUCGCCCUGGUCGUGGCCUGGUCCUACUACGCCUACGUGGUGGAGCUGUGUGUGUUUACUAUUUCUUCAACUGCCGAAAAAGUUGUCUACCUUGUAGUUUUUCAUCUGUCAUUCGUCAUGUUUGUAUGGUCCUAUGGGAAGACAAUUUUCACAUCUCCUGCAACCCCCUCUAAUGAGUUCUGCUUGUCAAAAGCUGAUAAAGAACAAUAUGAAAAAGAAGAGAGACCAGAAUCCCAGCAGGAGAUUUUAAGAAGAGCUGCCAAAGACUUGCCUAUCUAUACGACAACAGCAUCGAGAGCAAUCAGAUACUGUGAUCGAUGCCAGCUGAUCAAACCUGACCGCUGCCACCACUGUUCUGCAUGUGACGUAUGUGUCUUAAAAAUGGACCACCACUGUCCAUGGGUCAAUAAUUGUGUGGGAUUUUCUAACUACAAAUUCUUCCUCCUGUUUUUAAUGUAUUCCUUACUGUACUGUUUGUUUGUUGCUGCUACAGUCUUGCAGUACUUCAUAAAGUUUUGGACAAAUGAAUUGCCAGAUACCCAUGCAAAGUUCCAUGUACUAUUCCUUUUCUUUGUGGCAGCCAUGUUCUUCAUCAGCAUACUGUCACUCUUCAGCUACCACUGCUGGCUAGUUGGCAAAAACAGAUCAACUAUAGAAACAUUCCGUGCACCCACAUUUCGAAAUGGUCCUGAUAAAAAUGGCUUUUCUCUUGGAUGCAGCAAAAAUCUAAGGGAGGUUUUUGGAGAUGAAAAGAAGUAUUGGCUACUUCCUAUCUUUACCAGUUUGGGUGAUGGAUGUAAUUUCCCAACUCGCUUGGUGAUUAUGGAUCCAGAGCAACUUACAGUCUCAAGCCAAAAUGAACCUGCCAAAAGCUCUGUAGCCAAUCAGUCCUUUCCUACUCGACCACUCAGUGAAUCACAAAAUCGGUUGCUAUCCGGUGAUUGUCAGUGGGUGGAAACUGGUCCUGAGGAGGAAAAUGUGAAAUCAGGUGCAAAAAAGCAUAUUAUAGUUUCAUUGGAAAGCUGAUCUCAGCUAAUUACUAACCAACCAUCUCAAUGAGAAACAGGUUUCUGCAACACAUUUUGAGCUUGAAUAUUACUUAAUUUUGUUUGGAAGAAGUUGAGCAGGAAAAAAUGGAACAUGAACAUUUUAGGAAGAGACAAGAAAUUCAAGUUUCUGCACAGUACAAUGGAUUCUUGUAAGCACUAUUGCAGAGCAGGGAAGUUAAGACAGAUGCCUUAAGAUGCUUAAUGUGCAUUUAUGCAACACUGAAUUAUAUACUGCUACCAAAGGGCCAGAUCCAGAAGUGCCCUGCUUGGAUGCACAAGGUCCAGAGUGGGAACUAUGCAUUUCUUUUAUGCUGCAGUGGCGGGGGUAUAUUGCAGAGACUCGUACCUCCUCACGGGCAAACGUCAUACCUUAGGCACUGCAGAAGGCACUUCCAUAGCAGGUCUCCAGAGUACGGAAGAAAAGGAAAAAAAAACAACAGAGUCAGCUUAGAGCAUGGUCAGCAAGUCUGAAGUGGGAAUAUACAUAGUUCAGAUGCCCGGUGAUGGGGAAGAGACUGGAUGGUGUUUCUCCUCUCUCCCUAUUAACCAAUCUACCCCAUGAUCACAGCUCUCCAAGUCUUUUGGGACUGAGGGUUCUUUCUACUAGCUGUGCUUUGGAGCAAGGUAAUGCCAACAACAUAAAAACCUUUAACUUGGGUGUUGCUUUUUUGCUAUAGGAUUGAGCUUCCUCAUAAUUUUAACUUGAUUUAUUUAACCAUACCACAGACAGAGCUCAAAAAAGAAAACUUGUGUUUUAGUUGAAAAAAACAUGGAUUAUUACUUUCCAACAAUUGUCAGUCAGCAUACAAGGAAAAGGCAGUCCAAAAAGGAAUUAACAGUUGUUACAUUUUCUGUUACUGUUUGCUGUGUUCUGUGAAGGCAGCAACAAAAUGGUAAAGUACCCCUGAGAAAAACCAUAUUGCAGUUGUGUGUUUCUAGAAAACAGAACCAGCAAAGUACUGCUUUUUCCAUGGGACUCUUGAUGGUUUAUACUGUUUUAUACUUUUGUUUUAUCUUUUUAAUAAAGGAACAAGGUUUUAUUGGUUCUAAAGUACAAAUAUCAGGUAUUUACAAGAAGGUUAGUGUUACAUCAUAGAUCUGUGUUAGCACACUGAAAAAUUGCAUCCUUUAGUCUCCCACUUUCAAGUCCAGUUUAAGUGAUGCUGAAAUUGUUAAAGACUGAUGGCUUUGUGCAGCAAUGCUUACAAAAGGUGAAAUGUGUUCCCUGUGUGAGGAUUCAAGUCCAUCCCAUCCUUAGCUCAAGACCUACAGCAAAGAACAUGGGGUUUUUUUUUUCCUCACUUCUCUACAGAGAAGACUGCUAACUCAUCUUUGGGUGGUAUUGGAAUUUUGCACCUGGAAAGAGUGACAAAUACUAUUUUUCUCUCUGUAAGAUUUCUGAUGUUCAGCUGCUGAUGAUUACAAAUAGACAUGAGCCCUGUUGAUACAGACUGAAGGUAGUAGUCAAAUUGAUGAUUUAGUCCAAAAGAACCUGUUUGUUUUGUCUCCCAGACUGAUUGCUACUUGGGUUAAAUAUAUUUAUGAUGGAAAUACUAAGGUAUCGAGUAUGUAAGGUUUAAAAUAAGUAUUUUUUGUCUUUGGAUAUAAUAAAUUUUUCUUAAAUAUUAAUCUUCCGGAACAAGAACUCUUUGAGAACCUAUGAUUUUACUGUUGGAUAUCCUUGCGACAGAAGGAAUGGUCCAAAUUUGCAUGUUUUAUAAAAGUUGCAGAAUGUUUCUUCAAACUCUGUAUAAGAAAUUUUGCAUUUGCUAAUUCCAAAACUUACAAAAGCAUUUGCUACACAUUGAUCAGAAAGGUUUAGCUUUUUCUUCUCUAAGUGAGAAGUGCCCAUUUUAACAUAAGCUCUCAGCAGUAUCGUACCAGCAAAAUUUCUUGGGGAAGAUAACAGAGAAGGAAGACUGCAUGUUCAAAUGGCUUGUUCUGAAUACCAAAAUUUGCAGCCCCAAACAGUGGUGGAACUGUCAUGGAGGGCCUGGGAUAUCAUCUGGCUUUUACUGCAUCCAUGUAUUAUAGCUGAAAUAACAUUUCCAUGCACAGAUAUCAUCCAGCAGAACUAUAAGCAAAAUGUAUGUCAGAAUCCUAAGUAUCGCUGAACUCAGCAAUAUGGUCUCUGCUCCCCAAAGUGCUUCAUAUACCACCCCCCUCCCAUGAAUGUAUGUAUCCUGUAGGCCAACAUCAGGAGAACUGGUUUGAUUUCUUUAGUCAGGAUAGUGAAUCUACAGGAAAAAACUGCAAGUAAACAGACUGUGCUAUCUCCAUGUGCAUUUUCUAACAAGUGCAGCUCUUCUGAAACCACUUAUUUGUAUAUCUGAUGGACAUUUUUGUUGACAUUUCAUGAAGAACUGACAUCUCUGACAUGUUUAUGCAGAUCACAGGAAUAUUUUGUCCUAGGUUUUAAUUAAUAUUUGAGAUGAGAAAAGGAGCAGUGGUUUUAGGAUAAUCCUGAGGCCAGAGUUACUGUUGGUGUAAAAGUAGGCAUUACUGAAAGUCACUUUGACAACCACGAAACAUAGUAAAAUGAUUGAAAGAUGAUUCUCCCACAUUCACCACCCACAAUCACUUUUGGUUUUUUCCUCCUGGGGAACUGGGGACUAAGAGAAACCCCAGGCUGAUUUAAAGGAAUUAAGUUCUCUAAGGGAAUUGUACUGCUGAACUCCAAGGGCAUGCCAGUAAGUGAAGUUAGGUUUUCCUGGCAGGCCUGGGCUUUGGGGGAGGUAUCAUGGCUAAGGCAGCCAGGAUAACAUCCUUGCCUUUGGAUUCUGUCCUGAGCACUCCCUAGGCUGUGCUGUGCCAGCAAAUCCAUGAGGGAGCAGAAUGGCUCUUCGGUUGCUGGGCUGCAAGCAGCCAUGUGUCCCUACCAGCAGAGGCAGGGGCUGCAGGAAGGGGGUACUUUUGCCCCAUGGUCAGAUCAGAAAGGGGAUGGAUCCUGAGAAAACAGUUGUUGAGGGUGUUGGGCCAUAUUGUAAAUACUGGUUUUGUGGUUUAGCCCACUCUUUAUCAGGGAGUCUUGAAAAUACGUAGGUUGUCAUUAAAAAUAGCAGCCCUUAAGCUUUUAGAUCCAUUAAUGGCUACUACAAGCCAUACGUAGUAGUUAUUGUAGGAUAGUUGACAUUGGCUGCAGUUAGAAACUGCUUUCUUGUUUCUUUCUGCUUUUCUCUUUUAAAAAAAUCUACAUAUGCUCAAAAAGUAAUGAAAAAAAGGCUUUAAAUUCCCAGUGUGAGAACAGAAGCCUGAUGUAGGGGAGGAUUUCGUUUUUCUGAAAUGUCUUGAAACAAACCUGUCCCUGUGAAUAUGAGGCAGGAAAAUCCACAAAUAGAAAUUACUUAAAACUACACAAUACUGGGGUUUUUCUUACUGUUUCUUACUCACAGAGAGUACAAGACACACAUCAUUACUGUGCCUACCAAAGGCGUAAUAUGGGAGGAGGGCAGGAAGAGGAGUAGGUUUCUGUCAUUAAUUGACUUCCUACAGUAUUGAUACAAGUCAGAUGUGAUUAGAAACCUCAAUUUAAAAUAAUCAGAGGGUUACUUUAGAGGAAGUUUAGUCACUUCUAUUUUUAGUGAUUUGAAUAGAAAUCACAGUCAUAUUUUUAUUAAAGCUGCCUCUCAAGUGUGGAAUUUCCAAGUACCAAGCUAUUUUUGGUAUUCUGUUUUUACAAACUGGUCCUGUUCUCCAGAGUGCUGAAUACUCACAUUUUUCAGGUACUGUUUCUUUCCUUUAGUCUUGUGUGGUUCUCUAUUAAUUAUAAAUCGUCUUUUGGGUUGGGAUGAAUUUCUACUCAAAGACUUCAUGAUCUAACUGAAGUAUGGUCCAAUUGUGGCUGAGCAGAGCCCCAAGAGGACAAAAACUGCAGUGGUUGCAGCAGUAUUAAAGUCUGGUAGAUUUACUAAGAUGCGCUGGUUCCGACACAGAUCGACCAAAUCUGCCUGGAUCUGGAGCACCAACUGACCAGAUUUUUAUUUAGAAGUUGAAUAAUAGCAAAACCACAGCAGCUUUGAGUUUCACAGCAUAUGUUCUCCAAGGGGGAGAGUGUAUGUUCUGACUGGGGGAUUUGGGUGUGCAUUUAGAGAGGCUCCAAACAGCAGUUACUUUUAGCUCACAAAUGUCUUUUUGCAGUACCUAAAAAACAGCGAUGCGUGCAGCUUCAGAGGCUCUUUUAUCCCUAAAUGGCACCAAAGAGAGCAGCUGCACGUGAAGUGAUUUAGUACUGAACACGUUUGUUACACUCAUUUCUAUCCAUUUAUUUUGUAUAUAGAGCUUUUUAUACACAUUUUUCUUAAUUAUGUAGCUGUCGUGAAACAUCAUGAAGCUACGAGUAGUUUGUUUUCAUGUGGAUUAAACAGGUGUUUGGUCAUUUGUUUUCUAAAGCCUUUACUUGAAUUUGUUUCCAUUAGGUAGUGAAGUCUGAUAAUGUUUACAGAUCGCUUUCUUUGGUUUUGGGAGCUUUCCCCGUCUUUCUUCCUACCCUCUGCCCUAAGAAACAGAGAGCUCAUGCUCAACAGUCAAGUAGAUGUGUCAGAGAUGAAGAAUUUGUAUACUUUGUCACCAAAGCAUUGGGAGUGACAUGCUGAUUCCCUUCCGUUUACAGUUUAGCUGACAACUUAAAGACACUUAGCAUGGUCCUCUGUGAUUUCUCCUGUCCCUUAUCCUGUUAUCAGCUUUAUUAUGGGAAACUUAAAUCUUCCUAAAUGGGAAUUUACAAUCAUGAAGCUAUCCCAGAGAGAGGCAGCAUUCCUGCUAAGUCUGUUCCGCUUUUAACUUAGAUGAAUGAAACGUCCUGGGUUAUCUCUUAAGUUCCUUUUGUAUUUGCCAGCAAGGGUCAUCAACAUUUGCACUAAUCACAAUGUCUCAGCUGUUUUAUUGCCACAAGGUUAUUUUUAAUUGUGCUGCCUAAACUUUGAAUGAGCUGUAUUUAAGUUUGGGAUGAUGUGUAAAAGAUACCUGUAAUAAUGACGCACUUAUUGUAUUUUUUUGUAUGUUACAGAUAGGACUCAUCCUAUGCACAGAGAAAACGUUGCCAUUUAUAGUUUAAUACUUGAAGUAACUUUUUGAAAUGGGCUUUUAUAAAUGAAUUAAAUACAAAAUCACAUUGCUUUGCCUGGAAGUUCCUUCAUGUUUUAAUUGUAUUUGCAAUUUCCCCAUAUGUAUACUUUACCAUAAAGUUCUCUUAAGCCAUUUACAACCAAUGAAAGUGCAUUCAAGAUUUUGUACAUCAGUGUUCAGACCUGUUCAUACUUCUCUGAAGUAUAAUCCGUGUUUAAUAAAAAAGUACCAUUUUAAGCCUCUUUUCCAAAGUUAUAUGAAAAGACUUGACACUUGAAUUCAUUAUUGAAUGCAACAUCAACUUAAUAAAAAUAUGUGAAAGAA